UCUUUUGAUAAAUAAGAUUUCAAAUAAGAAUUAUACAACAUAAUUUUAUACACAUUUCAUUUUUUUUAACAUGAGAGAAUAAUAUAUUAAUCUAUUUCUUAAUACAAUUCAAAAUCUUAAGUCAGUAUACAAUCGAUAUUUUAUAUAAAGCGGUGGUAAUGAUCUCGGAACCACCUCAAGCCUGAGAUUGAUUUAUGUCCCACUUACUUCAAAAUUAUCAAUCAAAGAGAAACAUAUUUAUUUUUUAAUACUACAAAAUAAACAAAUCAUAGCAACCUUUGACUCCGGCUUUAUUUUUGCCGGUGGCGCGAAAAAAGUACACACUGCGCGCGUGCGUUGGCCAAGCAUCGAUUUUUCCGCAAUUCUGCAACUGUGGGCAGGCACUCGAGGCAGGCUAACGCGACAGCUCGUUUGGUUAUUCCUUAAGCGCUGGACUUUUUGUGUGAAGUGAAAAAUGGGUGCUUACCUGUCGCAUCCAAAGACGGAAAAAGCGUCCACAGACGAAUUCAAUGAAAUGCUCGUCGUGGGCGCCAGCUCGAUGCAAGGCUGGCGCAACAGUCAGGAGGAUGCCCAUAACUCAAUAUUGAAUUUUGAUACGAACACAUCCUUUUUUGCUGUCUACGAUGGUCAUGGUGGUGCGGAAGUAGCGCAAUAUUGUGCCGAUAAGCUUCCAGAGUUCCUUAUGAGCCUAGCUAGCUAUAAGAGCGGCAAGUUGGAGCAAGCGCUCAAGGAUGCAUUUCUGGGCUUUGAUAAAACAUUGCUCGAACCAACAGUGGUCAAUACAUUGAAAAUCUUAGCAGGCGAGCACAAUAUCGUGGAUGAGGAUGGUGAGGGCUAUGAUGAGGAGGACGACGAAGAAGAUUUGGCUGAGCUGCAUGAGGAGAGCAAUUUGCCAUUAACUGAGGUUCUUGAGAAAUACAAAGGCCUACCGCAAACACAUGACCUUUCAUUGCUUAAGGAGGAUAAUGCGGCUGGCAAAUUAUUGUCAACGAGUCUGCGUGGUCGUCGUGCUGCAGCUGUUGCUGCCGAAGCGGUAAAUAAGGCCGUUAUGGACCCAACAGCGAAGCCCCCAGGCUCCUCAACUUCAGCAGCAGCUGUAGCUGCGUUUAGUGAAAUCGACGGAGCUGGCCCAAGUAGCUCAAGAAAGCUUGAACCAGAAGAUGAGUCGACGGUGAGCAGCAGUAGUUCAAGUGGUAGCAAAACCACCAAUUCCUCGAGCACAACUAUUACUCCUAAGGACGAAUCCAUUGCUAACAAGGCUCCGGCGACCCCUAGCCCGGUCGUUGCACCUAUAGAGCAAAAUGGCAGUGUCACCUCUUCAGAGGCUAAAGCUGCGGUUAUAGAUGACAAUAAAGCAGCUGGUGCAACGGAAGACGCUAUUGUAUCCGCUUCCAGCGACAUCGCAGAUGCAAAGUCUAACGGCAGUGUCGAGAAACCAGCAACAACAACAGCAGCAGCAGCAGCCAAACCAGAGCCCGCUGAUAUCUCUUCAACCAGCAAGGAAUCGGAAAAAGUUUUGAAAAAAGCCAAUUCUGCUCAAGACGAAGAGUCAGAUGACGAUGCCGACUACGACGAGAAUGCUUUGACUAAAGCUCAAGAAGUUGCUGCAGCAGAAAGUUCUUCUGAUGACGAUAUGGAAGAUGGCAAUGAUGCCCAUGAUGAUGACGACGAUGAUGAUGAUGAUGAUGACGACGACGACGACGACGAAGACGAGGAUGAAAAUGUGAGUGAUGAUGAUGACGCUGAUGAAGAUCAACUAGCGAACGAUCAUUUCUGCGCCAAUAUGAUUGAGGAACCAGGUAAAGAUAGCGGUUGCACGGCGGUUGUUUGCUUAUUGCAUGGCCGCGAUCUGUAUGUGGCAAAUGCUGGCGAUUCGCGUUGUGUCAUCUCUCGCAAUGGCAAGGCUAUUGAAAUGAGUCUGGAUCAUAAACCCGAGGAUGACGAAGAGUCCACACGCAUUGUCAGGGCCGGUGGUCGUGUCACCCUGGAUGGACGUGUUAAUGGAGGCCUCAAUUUGUCCCGAGCUCUGGGUGAUCAUGCCUACAAAACGAACUUGGAGCUGCCAGCUGAAGCACAGAUGAUUUCGGCAUUGCCGGAUGUCAAGAAACUAAUCAUUACUCCAGAAGAUGAAUUUAUGGUUCUGGCCUGCGAUGGCAUCUGGAAUUAUAUGUCCAGCGAUGAAGUGGUCGAUUUUGUGCGCCUGCGUCUGAAAGAUGACUGCAAGAAAUUAUCUCAAAUUUGUGAGGAACUUUUUGAUAACUGCUUGGCACCAAAUACGAUGGGUGAUGGCACUGGUUGCGACAAUAUGACCGCUGUUAUUGUUAAAUUCGAGCCGAAACUACAAGAACUGAAGACCACAAUCAAUCCAGCUGAGACAGAGAGUGCCAUCCUUGAAGCUGGUCAGCAAAAGAAACAUGGCAUCGAUGGCACUGCGGAACAGAGUGCCCUUAAACGUAGCGCUUCACCAGAUGCCGGUGUAGAUGGCGCCAAUCGGUCCGAGAACACCAGCAAAUCGAAACGUUUGAAGAUUGAGGGUGACUUGGAGUCAACGGAUGAGAUUGCAAAGAUAUCCACCGAUGCCAUUAGUAGCUGCCCAGCAUCAGCCGCUGAACAGCAGAAGGAAGCCGUCGUCGUAUCAUCUACAUAAAUUCAACAAUUCGGGCCACAACAGUGGUGGCUGCUGGUGCAUCGGCGUUUUGGUCAUUAUUUAAAGGCGAGCUCUUAGAGCUGAGAAAAGUUUCCAAAUUAUUUAAUGCAAAAGAAUAUUCAUUUGUACGGAUAUAUUUUAACUAUUCCUAAAUAUAAUCUUUUUAUUUUGUUCUUUUCUAAUAUCGUAGAAUCAGAAAUUCACCAUUAACUAUCAAAUACAACUAAAUCACUAAACUCA